GCCACGCCCCCAUUCGUCGGGGAGGGAGGGAGGCAGGGAAAGGCUCCUCUGCGCUUCACUUUGGCAGCACUUGAACUUGGCUCCUUGGCACAGUUGACAUACUUCAUUCAUUCUACAGUAUAGGGCAGGAAUAGUCAUAGGGUUAGAUCAGGCCUGGGCAAGCUUCGACCCUCCAUUUGUUUUGGACUUCAACUCCCACCAUUCCUAGCAGCCAGUAGGCUGUUAGGAAUGGUGGGAGUUAAAGUCCAAACACCUGGAGGGCUGGAAUUUGCCCAGGCCUGUCCCCAUGUUCAAUCCAAAAUAAGCACGGGAGUCUUCUGUUGGGGCUUUUCGUUUCCCUUUUAAAACUUCCCUUACUGUAGAAAAUGAGCUUAUGCUGAGUUGUUGUGAGUUUUCCAGGCUGUAUGGCCAUGUUCCAGAAGCAUUCUCUCCUGACGUUUCAUCCACAUCUAUGGCAGGCAUCCUCAGAGGUUGUGACGUCUGUUGGAAACUAGAUUUCCUCUUCAUGAUAAAGAAAGGCUAGAGAAAUGGUUACGGAAUAUGAAGUGUGACUCUUGGACUCCCAGCAAGCACCAGGUUCUCUGCAGUGAUCAUUUUACACCAGAUUCUCUUGAUGUGCGAUGGGGGAUUCGAUAUUUGAAAACAACUGCCGUCCCAACUAUUUUUUCAUCAUCUGACAAUCAGGCAAAAGGACUUUCCAAGAAAAAAAUGGAAGUAAUGCAAAACGCCUAUACAAAUAUGGUGAAUAUAUAUUCUAAGCCUUACUCACCAAAGAUAAAUAAUAUAACUGAAGAAAGCCUAUCUAGAAAAGCACCUUGUAUAAUCUCAAACAUGUCUUCAGGAAAAGAAAUACUUCAGAAUACAAUCAAAAUUGAAAGGGACAUUACAAAUACAUGUAAUUCUGUUAGACAGGAUGUAGUGAAAGCGAGUUCUAUGCUAAUUGCAACUGAGUUGCAUGAUGCAGAGACCAUUGAUUUCUGCUCCCCAGCAACCAGUAACUCUGUGGAGAACCUCACCAGCAGUAGAACUAAAGUUUUGCAGUCUUCAGUUCAUGACCUUCACUCCUGUCUGGAACCUGCCUCGGAUUCUAAAGCCACCAUUUUGCAAGCUACACAUCUUGAACACUUGGAGUCCUUUCUGGAAUGUAAUAACAUCACUAUACCAAUGAAUGAGAUUUCAUCCGACCAGUUGGACUCUCUUUUUGCAGACUGUGCAGUGGAGGUGCAAGAAAUGAAUGAGAACUCGGUGUUGUUUCACACUGUGUCAAAAACCUUAGAACAAUUCAACGGAGGUAAAGAGUCUGUCAUUGCCAUUAUAGUGCCUUCUGAGGGCUCAAGUGCUCCCUUGCUGUUAGAGGGUUCAUUCUUAUCAGCAGAACAAGAAUUUGUUAAUGCAGAGGCUGGACAGACUGCAUGCAUCACCGACUGCAGCAGCAUCGACAUGUUACAAACUGAGCAUUCAUACUGUAGACAAGACACAGAGCAGGAACAACUCUGGCAAAAAAUUGCAAAGCUUCACUCCAAAAUAGAACUUCUGGAAGUACAGGAGAGGAAAACACUGAACAGGCUCAAAUCUCUAGAAGCACUGAUUGCAAGCCUGAAGCAGGAAAAUCUCCUUUCUGAAGAGAAGCUCAAAAUUGUAGAAAACUGUUUCACAACAUUUGAAGUUACCAUGAUACAAUAAAAGUUUUAAAGUA